AUGGAAAACGUAGUGUUUACGAUUGUCUUGGGUUCAUUGUUUGUGGUAGCGGCAAUGGGUGAGAAAUGCAUAUGCAACAAUAAAUCAUGUGAUUCUUGUGACUGUACAUAUUAUCCCGAUGGAGGAAUUAUUGCGACUUGUUUACAAAUAGAGGAAUGCGCGAACAUUAUUCAGUCAAACUCGCUUGAGAUUAUCGGUGGAAACUGCCUCAUUGAUUAUAUGACGACAACUUCAGGUGAAAUAAACGUAAAUUACAGCGUUACUACUGAACAAAACCAGGACGCCACGUCUGAUUACACCCUAUAUAGCGUCACGGGCUUCACGGGUGGGGAGGAUGCAACUACGGUGGGUUUUACUUCGUCGGCUCGAGUGACUGCAAACGGUAACUGUUGCACAAACUCCCCAAAUAUGUCAACUGACAAUGCAAACGGAUUAACAUCUACCCGCAUAAAUAUCCUGACUAAUGCUACUAUAAUUGAAGGUUCCAACAGUCCAAUGUAUUUAUCUUCAACCCAGGAAGCGUAUUCCCUCCAUUAUAAUGGGACAAGUGCGAAUGUAAUAACGACCCAAUCGCUUCAACUGCCAAUUGCAAUUGGAAUAUCCGUUGGAAUUGUCGUUGUUGGACUUAUUAUCUUGGCUAUAUCGUGCAUUUUUCACCCAAAAUUACGCAAGCUGUGGAGUCGUAAUUCUAACGUUCUCCAUGUAGGUGAAAAUAAUGAAGUGGGAUUGGGGACCAUGCCAAGCUCUGAUAGGAGUACGCAGCAAGUGGGACUUUAUGUUUAUGAAACGAGUUUUUAAGCUGAAGUUGAUUUGUUUUUUCACCAAACUAUAAAGAAUGCAUUGACGUUUCAGAAAUGUAUCAUAACCAAAGAGCCCUCGAUAUUUGAGAUAUAUUACAUUUUGACUUAAAAUAUAUUAUGACAUACGAUUUCUACUGCAUCUCCAUAUUAUAUUUUCCAGUACACUUCAAUUCAAUUAACACUAUAAUUUACGCGAUGUAAUGUAUAUGAAUCAGAGUCAAUGAAUAAAUUCGUAUAUUUACUGUAUUGAAUUGUUGUAAUUUGAUCGUGUCUUUUAUAAUAAACGUUUUGGUUAAUAAAAAAG